CGGCUCGGGCGGCUCCCGGCGCGGCGGCCCCGCGUUCGGGUCCCCGUGGGCGCGCGGCUCCCGUCCCGGGCUGCGGGGCGCGCGGGUGGGCCGCUGGGAGCUAGGCCCCCCGGGGGCAGCGGCGGAGCAUGGCGCGGAGACCCGGCGCGCCGGCUGUCUACGGGGAGGACUUCUCCUUCGUCAGCCCGCUGGUGAAAUACCUGCUCUUCUUCUUCAACAUGCUGUUCUGGGUGAUCUCCAUGGUCAUGGUGGCUGUGGGUGUGUACGCCAGGAUGACGAAGCACGCAGAAGCAGCCUUGGCGUGUCUGGCGGUGGACCCCGCCAUCCUGCUGAUCGUGGUGGGCGUGCUGAUGUUCCUCCUCACCUUCUGCGGCUGCAUCGGGUCCCUGCGGGAGAACAUCUGCCUUCUGCAGACGUUCUCUCUUUGCCUCACCGUCGUGUUCCUGCUGCAGCUGGCCGCUGGCAUCCUGGGCUUCGUCUUCUCAGACAAGGCUCGGGGGAAAGUGAGUGAAAUCAUCAACAAUGCGAUUGUGCAUUAUCGAGAUGACCUGGACCUGCAGAACCUCAUCGACUUUGGCCAGAAGAAGUUCAGCUGCUGUGGAGGGAUCUCCUACAGAGACUGGUCCCAGAACAUGUACUUCAACUGCUCGGAGGAAAACCCGAGCCGCGAGCGCUGCUCGGUGCCUUAUUCCUGCUGCCUGCCCACCCCCAGCCAGGCCGUCAUCAACACCAUGUGUGGCCAAGGUAUGCAGGCUUUUGACUACCUGGAGGCCAGUAAGGUCAUCUAUACCAACGGCUGCAUUGACAAGCUGGUCAACUGGAUACACAGCAACCUUUUCCUGCUUGGCGGUGUGGCGCUGGGCCUGGCCAUCCCCCAGCUGGUGGGGAUCCUGCUGUCCCAAGUCCUCAUCAAUCAGAUUAAAGAUCAGAUCAAGCUGCAGCUGUACAACCAGCAGCACCGGGCGGACCCGUGGUACUGAGAAGUCUCCCAGUGUCUCCUGACCGCUGCAGAGAGCAGAGGGUGCUGUUCGCAGCCCCCAGCGAGGGCCCAGUGGAAAGAAGCCAACUCCAGAGGACAGGGCGCAAGAUGGCUCAGGUCUCCCAAGGCUGUGCCUCAUCUCCCCGCCCUCGCAGCGGCAUUGUUCGAGAAUUGUCUUGUCCAGUUUCUAACCCUGAACAUUUGCGCGUUCUUUUGGGCAGAGAUGUGUGGCAGGCAGCUGGGGUACAGAAGGCUGUGGGGACGCCAGCCGCAUGCUUUUCCCCAGGCACAGCAGACCGCUCUGUUUGCUGAGCGAGGUGGACAUCCUGAGAGGCUGCUGCCAGGGUCCUGUCUGUGGAAAGGACACUAGCGGCCCUGCCUGGAGCCCGGCUGCGUGAUCCCAGCUCCAGAGGGGCAGGGAGUGAAGCGGGCAGAGGGAGUGAGCCCGGGGCUUGGACCGGACAGCCGGGUACACGUAAGGAGUGGAGGGGGCUUGUUUACCAAAUGCUUGCCUUGCCCUCCUCCCAGGCAGUCAGGGGGAGCGGCCUCCUGUCCCUCCUUCAUUCCCAUGGAAACAUGGCAGCGGGCAAGGGGUCCAGAGCAGCCACAUUCCUCCCCAUCCUUCCCAAAAUGUUUGGCACCCUCUGCUCUGCGCUGGGCAGAGCUGGAUAAGCCUGCCCUCCCUCCGCAGCGAGCCGCGUUAACUUGGCCGAGGAGAGGUAGCGCCUCCACGCAUGCCCCGCCUCGGCGUGUCUCGGCGUGGAAUCUGGCAGGCGCCGUAAACGCUUGUGGGCCAGCCACCAGUUCACCGGCCCGCCUCCCGGGGAGACCCCCGAGCCGCACAGCGCCUCCCUGUUCCCGCCCAGGCCCCGGCUACGUCAGGGUCUCGCUCUCGGGGCUGAGAGAUUCCAGGUCCUGAUCUCUAGAAGCAGCGUUGCUGCA